GUUCUAUGCUAGCCCCAAAGAAAAAGUUGGGAAGAUGGCGGCGCUCGUCGCGUUGGAAGGUGACGUGGAAGCGGGUUUACAGUCGGUGUUUCCGCAGGAACUGGAGUUGUUUGCUGAUGCUUUUCCUGUGCAGACUCGGUACCGGCUCUGCGGGCACGAGCUGAGCAUCAUACAGUACCACGGGGCUCGGCUGGGAGUGGCUGCUCCGGUCUGGGAGGCGGCUCUAACUCUCUGUGAAUAUUUUGAAGCAAAGAAGAUGAAUUUUCAGGACAAGAAAGUGAUAGAGCUGGGUGCUGGGACUGGUGUUGUGGGAAUCCUCGCAUCGCUUCUUGGAGGUCAUGUAACCAUCACAGAUCUUCCUGUAGCUUUGAAGCAGAUAGAGGAGAACGUCCAUCAGAAUUUGCCUGGACAGUGCAUGGCACGAACCAGGGUUUGUGCUCUAUCAUGGGGUCUGGACCACAAGGACUUUCCUCAGAAUUAUGACCUCAUCCUGGGUGCAGAUAUUGUCUAUCUCCAGGACACUUACCCACUCCUGAUAAGAACGCUCCAGCAUUUAUGUGGUGCUCAAUCUACUAUCUAUCUAUCUUCAAAAAUGAGAGAGGAACAUAGUACAGUGCUGUUUUUUGAGACUCUGCUCCCUGUGCACUUCACCACAAAACUCGUCUUUAGGAAUGAGGCUGAGAAUAUUAACAUCUACAAAGUGACCGGCAAGAAUUACAUGGGUUAAAGACUAUCUUUAGUAUACCCAGUGCCAUGCUCAUUUUCUAUCUUUUUUUAAAGAAAAAAAAAUGUGAUUUGAGAAUUAAGAAUGGAAUGAA